AUGGAAAAGCUGCUGGCACCAAAGCCAUUCUCCUGCGACUUGUGUGGUGAGACCUUCUCACGACGCAGCUCAAUGAUUCAGCACAGGCGUAUGCACACUGGUGAGAAGCCGUACCGCUGUGAGAUCUGCUUGAAAGCCUUCACUCGGCCUUACACUCUCCAGAAACACAGGUGCAGCCAUACAGGUGAGAAACCAUUCUCAUGUGAUCUCUGUGGACGUAACUUCUCCCGGAGCAGCACCUUGCUCGAGCACAAACGGACUCACGCUGGAGAGAAGCCAUUCCAAUGUGAUAUAUGUCAGGAAUAUUUCUCUCGGCGGAGCACAUUGCAUCAGCACCAGCGGACCCACACAGGAGAAAAACCCUUUGUCUGUGAGAUCUGUGGUAAACGAUUCACUCGACGGUACACAUUGCAGAAGCACGCCAAAGACCACACCUGUGAUGCACCUUACAAAUGUAGCAUAUGCGGACAACAGUUUGCACGGCCUUAUGCACUACAAAAGCAUCAACGUUGCCAUUCAGGCGAGAAACAGUAUACAUGCGAUGAGUGUGGAGAGAAUUUCUCUCGACGAAGUAACCUUCAUGUGCAUCAGAGGACUCAUACAGGAGAAAAGCCUUUCAAGUGUACAAUUUGUGGAAAGCUGUUCUCUCGCCGCAGCAACUUGCAGGUGCACGUGCGGAGCCAUUCAGGAAUCAAGCCAUAUAAGUGUGACAUCUGCAGUAAACAAUUUGUACGCAACAGCACUCUAGUCAAACACAUGCAAGCGCAUCUAAGUACCGAUAACAGUCUUUUCCAAGAAGAGAGGCCCAUUACCAAAGUGGAUAUGACUAGUAGCAUUAACACUAAUCCUUCCAAGUUUGUUAGUAACAUCUGCAGUAGUAGUACGUAUGGUGUUAAUAAAGACAAAAAUAACAGCAAUCUUUUUGAUUGCAGUACCAAUAUGCCUAGCAGUGAAACUACUAAGCCAAAGAGUAAUGACGACAAUUAUAAGAACAACUCUAGCAUAAAUUCCACUCACCAUUGCAAACCCACAGACCCCUGCUUGCCUAUGGAACAAAGUUCACUAUAUCUUUGUACCCACUGCGGAAAACCUUCUUCCAAAUGCAAUCAUUUGCAAACACUGCCGGUAUCCUUGCCCCAGCAAGAAAUGCUUGAUUCACAGCAGCUAUCUUCCUACACUCCAGUGCCAUCCAAGAACCGUCUGUCCACUUCCCUGACACCUAGGAAAUGGUUAGAGCCACCUACGGUCAUUGUAGCCACUUCGAAGAACCCCAAUGAUAAACUUGAUCCAGCUACCUGCCUUCAUACUACCAGGUCUCCGUGGCAGAGAAAUAUUCCGUCUAGCCUUGUCACGACUCCAUUAUGCAGUACCCUUGUUAUUAUGCAGCCCUCAUCUGUUAUGGAAACCUGA